AUGGAAUAUAAACUUCAAACCGCUGGGAACCGCAAGUUCAAGUGCAAGGCCGCGGCCUCCGGGAAGGUUCUUCCAACUGAUCCCAUCUUUCUUGAGCCUCACGAAGAAGCUAUACUAUGCAAAUACUAUGAGAAAAGAUUAUUGGAAUUCUGUUCAGUAUUUAAGCCAGCAAUGCCACGGUCUGUUGUGGGUACAGCUUGUAUGUACUUCAAACGUUUUUAUCUUAAUAAUUCAGUGAUGGAAUAUCACCCCCGGAUAAUAAUGCUCACGUGUGCAUUUUUGGCCUGCAAAGUGGAUGAAUUCAACCUGUCUAGUCCUCAGUUUGUUGGGAACCUUUGUGAGAGUCCCCUUGGGCAGGAGAAAGCACUGGAACAGAUUUUGGAAUAUGAACUACUGCUCAUACAACAAUUAAACUUUCACCUCAUUGUCCACAACCCAUAUAGACCAUUUGAAGGCUUCCUCAUUGAUAUAAAGACUCACUAUCCCAUGUUGGAGAAUCCAGAGAGUUUGAGGAAAACAGCUGAUGACUUUCUUAAUAGAAUUGCAUUGACGGGUGCUUACCUGUUAUAUACACCUUCCCAAAUUGCCCUAACUGCCAUUUUAUCUAGCGCUUCCAGGGCUGGAAUUACCAUGGAAAGUUAUUUGUCCGAGAAUCUGAUGCUGAAAGAAAACAGAACUUGUUUGUCACAGUUACUAGAUAUAAUGAAAAGCAUGAGAAACCUAGUAAAAAAGUAUGAGCCACCCAGAUCUGAAGAAGUUGUUCUUCUGAAACAGAAGCUAGAACGAUGUCACUCUGCAGACCUGGCACUUAAUGUAAUUACGAAGAAGAGGAGGGCUAUGAAGAAGGGCUAUGUAUCCAAGAAACCCAGACUGGAGGAGGAAGAGUGGACUGAUGACGAUCUGGUAGAUUCUCUGUAA